AACACCUCAAUCUUCCACCCUGAGCUCAAACCUUUGCUAAGAAGCACAUGCAUGUAGUCAUACAGUCACAUGAUCUGAGGCCAGCAGUACUGCCUUCAUGUAUCUUAUUAGUGAUCACAACAGAGGGUGCAAACACACACACACACUGAUGGAUCUUGGACCUCUACGCACUCUGUCACUCUUUGUAAGAGUGUUAUUGAUGUCUGCCACAGCGUCAGCAGUCAACCUUGAGGGGGAACUUUUUAAAGAUUUGAUGAAUGGCUACAACAAGAAUGUCCGGCCAAUGGAGGAAAGUGGAGACGUCACCCAGGUCUUCAUCAAGAUGACGCUUACUAACCUCAUCUCUCUGAAUGAGAAGGAGGAGGCUCUGACGACCAGCGUCUGGAUUGAAAUGAAAUGGUGUGACUACAGGCUCAGAUGGGACCAGCCACCUAGAUCAACUCUGUAUGGGAACAUAACAUCUGAACUACGUGUCCCGUCCAAAAGCAUCUGGCUGCCUGAUGUCAUACUAGAGAACAAUGUGGAUGGACAGUUUGAGGUAGCACUUUACUGUAAUGCUCUGGUGUCUCCUAAUGGAUGUGUGUACUGGCUGCCUCCUGCCAUCUACCGCAGCGCAUGUGCAAUAACAGUGAACUACUUUCCCUUUGACUGGCAAAACUGCACCAUGGUAUUUCGCUCCCGAACUUACAGCGCCAAUGAGAUUGAGCUGGUUCUCAAGGAGGAGGACAACCACACACUAGAGUGGGUGGAUAUCGACCCAGAGGCGUUCACAGAGAAUGGAGAGUGGGUCAUCAAACACAGACCAGCCAAGAAGGUGAUCAACAGUCAGUACACCAAAGAUGAGCUGGAGUACCAGGAAGUAUGUUUCUUCCUCAUCAUUCAGAGAAAGCCCCUUUUCUACAUCAUCAACAUCAUUGUUCCAUGUGUGCUCUUCUCCUCCCUUGGCCUGCUGGUUUACUACUUACCUGCCAAAGCUGGUGGACAGAAGUGCACUAUGUCUAUUGUCAUGCUUCUGGGACAGACAGUGUUCCUCUUCCUCAUCGCUAAGAAGGUUCCAGAAACUUCAAAAGCAGUGCCUCUUAUCGGAAAGUAUCUGAUGUUUGUGAUGUCAGUGACCACCAUGGUUGUGAUGAACUGUGUGAUAGUCCUCAAUGUCUCCCUGAGAACCCCAAACACCCACAUCAUGACGGACAAGGUUCGAAAGAUCCUCCUGAACAUUAUACCUCGGCUACUGCGGAUGCAGAUGCAACGCUGGACGCCAGACAGUGACGGUGACUCAAAACCUCUUUCCAAAGAUGGAGUCCCCGAUCGACGGCGCAGCUCCGUCACUGUUAUUACCAAGGCUGAAGAAUAUUUGAUGAAAACUGCUCGAUCUGAACUCAUGUUUGCCAGCCUCAAAGACAGAAAUGGAUUGGUGAAAUCAGUGUUGGAGAAGCUCCAUGAUGGGAUAAAGGGAGGUACAGCUGAACAGCUUGGUACCAGUCUGGCGCAGGCCUCUCCAGAACUGAAGCAGUGUGUGGCCUCAUGUAAGCACAUAGCUGAGACUGCAAGACAGCAGAGCAACUUCCAAAGUGAAAAUGAAGAAUGGUUCCUGGUUGCCCGGGUGAUCGAUAGGGUUUGCUUUAUUGUAAUGGUGCUAGUGUUCUUCAUUGGCACUACUGGGAUCUUCCUGAUGGGCCAUUUCAACCAGCCGCCCUCCUCACCUUUCCUUGAGGAUCCAAAGAAGUAUCUCCCUCCAUUAAAGAAUAUCACACUUGGGUAACUGGAAUAUGAGAUUGGAAUGUGAGCAGAUUUCCUGGGAUGAGCCAGGAGGAAACUAUUUAAUUUCAUACAUUAACCAAAACUGGGAAUCUGGUGAAAGUACCUGUUUGCGGUGAUAAUGAUUCUGCUUUAGAGUUGCGUGAAAACAUACUGUUAUCGGCUGCAAAUUGCUGUUGAGGUUGUACAAUAUUUUGAAUGAGAAAAAAGCUCCAAAUGGUGUAUGUCACACAUAUACUGGGUGUUCCAAAUGAACAUUUCUAUCAAUAAAGGUAUGGU